AGGCGAUUCCCCCAAUUAAUACCCCAUUCCCUUCUUGUAAUAAAGCCCGACUCGCUCCUAUAGUGGCAUCUUACCGAUGGUCAUUCCCCCGGGUUAAUGGCGUCUCCGUUCCAAGGCACUCUGUCAGCCCAGCAGCUAGCAGAUAUCUCCCCGAUCGGCACCGCUGUCCUCAACUCACGAGACGAGAUCCUGUUCCUAAACCGGCGUUUCCGGAGUCUGAUGACAUGUCGAUCGACUAAAGGAUUCGCCAGUUGGUCGCCGUCUAUUUUCCGCGGAGACUAUGACCGGGUGGCUAGGGCAUACUACGACGCGCUAGGGGCGAACAAGGCGCUGCGCAUCGAAUAUCGUACCGGCGAUGAGCCAUGCCAGUGGCGCCUCCUGAUGCUCACCCCAUUCGGCGAAGAGGAACUGCGCGGUCUGAAUCUUGGCAACGGAGCAGGUUCAUAUUGCACCAUCACCGAUAUCACCGAAGAGAAGAUGGCAGAAAUCUCGCAAAAGAAAAUCGCAGAGGAGGCGCAGCGGCGCAAGAGACAACAAGAACGCUUCAUUGAUAUGAUUAGCCACGAAGUCCGGAAUCCCCUGUCCGCUAUUCUGCAUUGCACGGAAGAUAUUUUGGAAGCCGUGCAGCACAAGAAUCAGAAGGAGAUUCCGCUGGGAGUCAUCACCCAAGCGGCGGAAACCAUCAGUCUCUGCAUUGCGCAUCAGAAGAAGAUCGUCGACGACGUGCUCACGUUUUCCAAGUUGGACGCCGAAAUGCUCACCUUGUCGCCGCGGCGCGUUCAGCCGCGAGAGCAUUUUGCCACAUCGUUAACCAUGUUUCGACCCGAGAUGCGGAAAUAUGACAUCGAUUUCGAGUAUAAGCUUGACCAUUCCUACGCGGACUGUGGCGUCGAUUGGGUUGUCGCCGAUCUCGACCGCAUGAGCCAGGUCGUGGUGAAUAUUGUCUGCAAUGCCAUCAAAUUCACCGCCAAGUCGGGUGACGAAAAGAAGAUCUCCGUGUACAUGGGCGCUUCCAAAGAACGUCCGACGUCCUACCCACCCAACGUCGUUUUCUUCGACUCUGAUAAAGCGGCACUGGAGCUGAACGCGACAAACCGGCCCGAGUGGGGUAAAGGUGAGGUGGCUUAUCUCCUGGUCGCGGUCAAAGAUACUGGGAUCGGGAUUAGUGACGAGGCGCAGAAGCGGCUUUUCGAACGGUUCAAUCAAGCGACUCCGCGAACUCAGACUGUUUAUGGAGGAUCCGGGCUAGGGUUGAACGUGAGUCGACGUCUCUGUCAUCUUCAUGGAGGUGAAAUCGGGGUGAACAGCAAAGAAGGCCAUGGCAGCACAUUCGGCUUCUUCUUCACCGUUCGCCGAAGCGCGGAGGUAUCCGAGACCGAGCCGCCCCGGCGGGAGAGGGAGGAAAUUGACGAGUUGUGCCGUCAGGUCCAAGCGAUCAGCAACGAGGUGACGGAAGGGUCUCGAGAGAUCGCCAAUCCUUCCAUUCCCUCCAGUCCCGAGGUCACCCACGUCAAGGAGGUGGCCCCCAACGCGUCUAAGGGCCACGGCUGGAGACAUACCGCCCGCAUUGCAUACGACGCUGGCCACACGGAUGUGUUGCGUCACAGUCCCAGUAUUGUAGAGUCCACCGAAGAGCGAUCGCGGUCAACGCAACGUCAACCAAAAGAAGACUCCGAACAACGCAUUCUAGUGGUGGAAGACAAUGUAAUCAACCAGCGGAUUGUGGCACGUAAGCUUGAGUCGUUGGGGUUUCAAGUGAUCGCGGUCGGUAACGGGCGAGAAGCGGUAGAUGCGAUCCAGCAGAGUUCUUUCGACUGCAUCCUAAUGGAUCAGGUGAUGCCGGUGAUGGAUGGGACCUCAGCGACGCGUGCCAUUCGCGAUAUGGAAAAACGCGGCAUGGCCCAUGUGCCCAUCCUGGGCGUCACUGCCAAUGUGCGCGCUGAACAACAAGCGGAGAUGAAGGAAGCUGGUAUGGACGAUAUCAUUCAUAAGCCAUACAAAAUGCGAGAUUUAUGCGACAAGAUCCGUCACCUCAUCCCAUGAUGCCGAGUGGCUUGUUUUGUUUGUUCUGUUUGUCCUUUGUUGGGCGGGCGGCCUUUCACUUUUCCGACCCGAGUUUUCUUGUGCCAAAAAGAGAUUAGUGGAUUGGAUGAUCG